ACGUUUCCACUACUACAUUUAUUCAGCUGUUUUUCCAAUGGGAUUUUCUCUUAGUAAAUCUGCUACUCAGGUAUCUGCUAUAUGUAUGGAUUCAAAAGUGGAUGAUCACUUAAUGCGAGGGACUGAGACAAGCAAGUUGGAACCAGUGACUCGGUUAUUUCAAAGCACCAAGAAAAUAAGGUUAGAAGACACCAACCAAGAAAACUUUACAAGAAGUAAAGAGACUGGCACAGGAUCUCUUUCAGAGAAAGCCUUGGGUUCAGUGGUUUAUGUUAAAGAAAGUGAUGGAAUAGAAAUGACAGAUGUGGAAUGAAGUUAUUUGUACAUAUUAUCACAGAAACCAAAAAUUGCUUUUGACUAAGAAGUCACAUUGAAUGAGAAGUUAACCUCCUUAAGAAAACUUAACAAAAUGAAGGAAGAUGAUUGCUUUUUUUCACUGUUUAUGAAUCACCUUACACAGUAUUUUUUAUGACACAUACUCAAAAUGCUUUAGGAAGAAAAAAACUUUCCAAAAUUCAAAGCAGAUUUCUCUUGUAUUACAUUCUAUCCUUGUCAAAAUCAGAGUUUCUAAGUAACAGUAUUUAAAUGGCCCCGAAACAUAUCAAUUAUAAAGUAUUUAACAAGUGAUCAAAAAACAGUGCCCAAACAAUUUGACAUCUGUAUGUCACACUAUUUCUGGUGUUCCAAUUUUGUAUGUUAGAUUUCCAGUUUGGGGUUUUGCUUGAGGGGACUUUAUCUUCCUGUAUUUUUUGCAUUUCUGUUCUGUAAAUAUUCACUGCAGAUAAACUAUGCAAAAGAUCAGU